AAGAGCUCCUCUCCUUCCUUCCAACAUGUGGCUCCAUGCUCUGGUCUGGGCUUCUCUUGCUGUUUGCCCAAUUCUGGGACACUCACUCUUACCACCUGUGGUGGACACCACACAAGGCAAAGUCCUGGGGAAGUAUAUCAGCUUAGAAGGAUUUGAACAGCCUGUGGCCGUCUUCCUGGGAGUCCCCUUUGCCAAGCCCCCUCUUGGAUCUCUGAGGUUUGCUCCACCACAGCCUGCAGAGCCCUGGAGCUUCGUGAAGAAUGCCACCUCCUACCCUCCUAUGUGCUCCCAAGAUGCAGGUUGGGCAAAGAUACUCUCAGAUAUGUUCAGCACCGAAAAGGAGAUCCUGCCUCUCAAGAUUUCGGAAGACUGUCUCUACCUGAAUAUUUACAGUCCUGCCGAUUUGACAAAAAGCAGCCAAUUGCCUGUGAUGGUGUGGAUCCAUGGAGGUGGACUGGUGAUAGGCGGAGCAUCACCCUAUAAUGGACUAGCUCUCUCUGCCCAUGAGAACGUGGUGGUAGUAACCAUUCAAUACCGCCUGGGUAUUUGGGGAUUAUUUAGCACAGGUGAUGAACACAGCCCAGGAAACUGGGCUCACCUGGACCAACUGGCUGCACUACGCUGGGUCCAAGAUAACAUUGCAAACUUUGGAGGGAACCCGGAUUCCGUGACCAUCUUUGGAGAGUCAUCAGGGGGUAUCAGUGUCUCUGUCCUUGUCUUAUCUCCUCUGGGCAAGGACCUCUUCCACAGAGCCAUUUCUGAGAGUGGUGUGGUCAUAAAUACAAACGUGGGCAAGAAGAAUAUACAGGCUGUGAAUGAAAUAAUAGCUACUCUUUCCCAGUGUAAUGACACCUCAUCAGCUGCCAUGGUUCAGUGCUUGCGCCAGAAGACAGAGAGUGAGCUCUUGGAGAUUUCAGGGAAACUGGUACAGUACAAUAUCUCCCUGUCCACCAUGAUUGACGGAGUGGUGCUGCCAAAGGCACCAGAAGAGAUCCUGGCUGAGAAGAGUUUCAACACUGUCCCCUACAUAGUGGGCUUCAACAAGCAAGAGUUUGGCUGGAUAAUUCCAAUGAUGUUGCAAAAUCUACUCCCUGAAGGCAAAAUGAAUGAGGAAACGGCCAGUCUUCUCUUGAGGAGGUUCCACUCUGAACUUAACAUCUCUGAAAGUAUGAUUCCAGCAGUCAUUGAGCAGUACUUAAGAGGGGUAGAUGACCCUGCCAAAAAGAGUGAGCUUAUCCUGGACAUGUUUGGAGAUAUAUUUUUUGGUAUCCCGGCUGUGCUCUUGUCCCGUAGCCUCAGAGAUGCUGGAGUGUCCACCUACAUGUAUGAGUUUCGGUAUCGCCCAAGCUUCGUGUCUGACAAGAGACCCCAGACGGUUGAGGGUGAUCAUGGCGAUGAAAUCUUCUUUGUAUUCGGGGCUCCACUAUUAAAAGAGGGUGCCUCAGAAGAGGAAACCAACCUCAGCAAGAUGGUGAUGAAAUUCUGGGCCAACUUUGCUCGAAAUGGGAACCCUAAUGGGGAGGGGCUGCCUCACUGGCCAGAAUAUGAUGAGCAGGAAGGGUAUCUACAGAUUGGAGCCACUACCCAGCAAGCCCAGAGACUGAAAGCAGAGGAAGUGGCUUUCUGGACUGAGCUCCUGGCUAAGAAUCCACCUGAGACAGACCCUACUGAACACACAGAACACAAAUGAAUGGGAGGCUCUGCCAGUCUCAGGACCAGCGGAGCGAAAAUGGAGCUAUUCCACAAAGGAUGACUAUUCACCAAAGAUGGAUCUUACAGAGGAAACUGCACAAUAGUACAGUAUCACAAUUUGAAAAUAAAUUUCCUUUUAGAAAUCAAA